AUUGACAAUACAAAUGUUAAUAUCAUAUGUUGUCUGAGCCACCAGGCUGGUGAAGUGGAGGGGACCUUUCCCAUUUAUCUUGACAUCACCUUUUCGUACCGUUUUCAACGUUAUUCAAGAUGGCCCAGUGGUUCCAGCUGCAGCAGCUAGACUCCAAGUACCUGGAGCAGGUGGACCAGCUGUAUGAUGAUACUUUCCCUAUGGAGAUCCGCCAGUACCUCAGUGCCUGGAUAGAGAGCCAUGACUGGGACAUGGUGGCCACCAGCGUUUCUCUUGCAGCGGUCCGUUUCCAUGACCUCCUGGCCCAAUUGGACAUUCAGUACAGCCGCUUCGCCCUGGAGAACAACUUCCUGUUGCAACACAAUAUACGCAAGAUUAAACGCAACCUGCAGGACCACUUCCAGGAAUACCCUUUGCAGAUGGCCAUGAUAAUCUGUAACUGUCUGAAAGAGGAGAAGAAGAUCCUGGCCUCCAUCAUCAAAAAAGAGGAUAACGUGGGGUCCACACCAAACAACAUGGUGUUGGAUAAACAGAAGGAGCUGGACAACAACGUUAAAGACCUGAGGAACCGAGUUCAGGAUGCAGAGCAUGAGAUUAAGUCACUGGAGGACCUACAGGAUGAACACGACUUUAAGAAGAAGACCCUGCAGAGCCGAGUGGAACAAGAGGUGAAUGGGAUGGCACAGUUACAGGCGGUACGGAAAGAGAUCCGCGAAGAGGAGAUUGUCAUCAGAAAGAUGUUCAUCAAACUCAACAUAACCAGAGGGGUGGUGGUGAAUCAGAUUUCUGACAUCCUGUGCUUGGCCGAGCAGAUCCAGUUCAACCUGGUGACAGUGGAGGUACCUGAGUGGAAGCACAGACAGCAGAUAGCUUGCAUCGGUGGUCCGCCUAACGCCUGUUUGGACCAGCUACAAAUCUGGUUCACUGCUGUGGCAGAGGGCUUACAGCAGGUGCGUCAGCAGCUGAAGAAGCUCCAGGAGCUGGAACAGAAGUACACGUACGAGAAUGACCCCAUCACUCAGGGCAAAAGCGCUCUGGAGGAACGCGCUCUCACCCUGUUCAAGUACCUCAUUGUCAAGUGAGAUCCGCUCUAUGACACCUACUAUGUGUCUAUGUUCCUGUAGGGAUCACAUACACAUACACAUGUAUUCACUCACUGAAUGGUAGUUAACUUUGCCUGAGACCUGAAGACUUGAGUCAGCUCCCAGUGUUAAUGUCUCGACUCUAGGCUCUGUUCCCCAACUGGCGGCCCGCAGGUGGUUUUAUUUGCUCCCGCAAGUUUUCUAAGCAAAAAAAUUAUUAUUACUAGGU